AUGAUCGAAGCUGGAUCAUUCUGUCAGUUUUUGCAACAUGCUGGAUUUCCACAUAAUCCACUCUGCGACCAUUUUUUGCCAGACAAUAAUAACUUGACAUUCACUGACACAAAAAACGUGGCUACGGUAGCUGUUUUGGACAAUAUGGAGACAAACUUGCCUACUGUUGUAGCACUUGGUGCUAUACACGUAUGCUCCAGUAAUCAGGCUUAUCUUAUGUUCUGUAAAUAUGAUUUGAAAUAUGCAACAAAAUCAGUGACUAUUGAGGAGUGCGAACACGAUGAAUAUUGUCCUGAGAUCGAUAGAUAUCGUCAGCGUUACAUGAAAAUCAGCGGUGUAUGGAAUAAAGAGAUUGAUUAUUCGAGAUUGUCCAUAUAUUCUAAUGCAUUUGAAGAUCGUCGGCGGCAACAUUUACUUGUUCAUGUUUACGAACAGCUAAUCAAUAUUACGUUAAAAACACGCAACAUGGACGUAUACAAAAAUAUCACUGUCGAUUUGUACGACAGUGACUUUACUGAGAAAACUCGUCAGCUUUAUAGAGAUUUGAUGGGAUUUAUGGUUGCUGAUCAAACACGUUAUUUCCAAAUUACCAUUGAAAAAUCCAACUUACAAGCAGUUACUAAACGGACAAGAAAUGCAAAAUUGACAUGUAUGGAACUGAAUCCUAAAAAUGAACUUCAUUUCUUUGAGUACGAUUCCGUCGUUACUUUCAUGAAUCGCCAUGAUUAUCUGGAAUUCUUGUAUCAUAUAAAUGGAGUAUUAGGUAUAUUGGCCAUUGAAAAACAACAACCGGUUGGUUAUGUCCUCGCUCUCAACAAUCAUAUUCUUCAAUGUUAUGCGAAUACUCCUGAAAUAGCUUGUGACCUGAUUUGGAAGCUAAGCGAUAAGAUGUCAGAUCAAAUUCCAAUAACGAUGUUCAUGCGUGAAUGCAACGAUUGGAUUUGCGAGGAACUUUUGAAUAAGGCACAACAAAUAAACCGUAUUCAUCGUUUCCAUAGUCGCACACUUCCCACUCGUAUAAAAUGGGAAAAUGUAUUCUUGAUGAAUAUUGAAAAAUAUGAAAAAGGACUAGAAGACAGCAUCGAGUACGGACCUGAAAUCCGAAAUAUCGUUACAUAA